AUGGCGACCUGUACUUUCAAUGCACGAACACUUGCAUCGGAGGCGUGCAUCGAAGAUCUGAUGAUGCAAGCCAGGAAGAUCAAGUAUCACGUCAUCGGAGUGACCGAGACGAGAAGGCACCGCCUGUUGCAUGCCACUUUUAAAAUUGGGAGAAGGCAUCGCCCGCUGCACGCUGUACUUGAGACUGGAGAGGAACCGUUCCUUGGAACAUGCGACAGCAGAGGCGUCGGCGGUGUAGCUGUCCUCGUCCACACGUAA